AUGGACGAGUAUUAUCACAACUUCCUGACAUCAAUGUCAGGAGUGGGAGGUCAUCCCACUACUAAUGCCGACGAGCUGAACAUGUCAACCAUGUCAGCAUAUCAUAUUCCCAUACCGGGCCCAACAAUGCAAAAUCCAUAUCAUAGCUUGGGACAUUUGGGGACAUAUUCUGAUCCGUCGCUUCUUCAUGCAUCGAAGACCAGUAAAGGCCGGAAGAAGUCUAUUGCGGGACCUACUUUUGGAGCAGAACACGUCAAACAUAGACGAACGCGGUCAGGAUGCUUCAUGUGUCGAAGCAGGCGAGUAAAGUGUGACGAGACUCGUCCUAUAUGUGAACGGUGUAAGAAGGGCAACCGUGAUUGCGUCUACCCUGACCCGCCAACGGCAAAGAUCUCUAAGCCCAAGGACAGCAGCACAUCAUCUCAAAAAACGAGCCCAAAAUCAUCCAACGAUGGGGACGAUACCGACGUCGAUCCAGUAAUACUCCCGCUGGAGACUAUUCCGGACGAAGACGAGCCUGAAGAAUCGUCUGCUGGUGAAAGGUCGGAUUCACAAAUGUCAGGAAGUAAGGCAAAAGGCGGCUUAAAUCGGAAAAUCACGAGGCGGCAAAGUACCGACAGCUUAUCGCAAGAUGGCAACAAAGAAUCUUCGCCAUCCGUUUCGACUGGCGGCAGCAGUGUUACCAUAGCCCCAUCCAUUGACCUAAAUAUUGUUACAGACGGGCGUGCUGAUUGGUCUCACCUUCCAUUGGACUACCAGCGGUGCUUGGACUACUUCGUGGAAAACAUCACCAACUUUCACUACAGCAUUAUGCAUGAUGCCGAUGACUUCUUUAGCACGAUUUUGCCUUCUUUGGCUGUUCAACACGAACCCCUCCUGAACGCUGUAGUUGGCUUCGCGACCUAUCACGCCACGCUACAGAACCCCAAUGGCCAGCUUGAAGACUUUUUGAAAUAUUACAACAAAAGCGUCACUCUGCUUCUGGAAUCUAUAAAUCGAAAGGAAAUGAAUAAUGUCCUCAACCUAGUAACCAUCUUGCAGCUGUUGACCAUAGAAGAGUACUUUGGCGAUUGGGUAAACCUCAUGGGACAUCAAAAGGCGGCUUUUCAAGUAAUUCGAAAAAUAUUCACGGCCGAUACCGUGAUGCAGACGCCAUUGGGAAGAGCCUGCAUCGACUGGUACACACGCUACGAUUGCUUCGUCGCCAUCAUGGGCGGCUUCCCGACGGACUUACCCAGGGAGUGGUUUAGCCAAAUGAACAAGUACAAUGAGUCACAAAUUGCCACGAGCCCUGACGCAUUGCGCUGGAAGAUUAGCUUACGAUCGACUCAACUUCGAGCGAUAUCGUACGAUAUGUCCAUGCUCUAUGCGAGGGGGAGCCGCGGGCAGAUAGGACACGAGGACUUCACUCGGGAGCAUAACAGGAUCACGAACAAGCUCCUCGAGUGGAAAUCGACCUGGGACGCGGCUCUUUCAAACCCAGAGUACUUGGUGACAGACUUUUCGUACAAGAACGAGACAGAUCCAGGUGACAUAAUCGAUCCCUAUAUGCCGGGUCUUCUUUAUAAACUACCACUCUUCACGAAUACUUUGAUCAGCACGGAAUGGACGUCAAUCAUGAUCAUGCACCUAUCGCAGUCCUCAGAUAUCCCCGCCGGACAAGCGUUUAUGGAGAUGGCCAAACACGCAUACACAAUCUGUCAGUAUUUUGAGACUGUGGAGUUCUGGCCAUUGAAGCCCAAAGGAGCGCUCAUACCACUCCAAUGCUGCAUUUCUAUUGCGGCGCUCUUUCUCCCUCGGGACUCUCGUCACCAUAUGUGGCUUCGAAAGAAAUUCGCUCUACUAGACACUAUGGGAUUUAUUCAUCCAACUGCACGAAGAAUGAAAAUGGCACAGCUGUUCCGUGACCCUUCUUGUGCGCACUGGUGGCUACCGAAUGAGGAGGGAUUGACACCAGUGUUGCAGGCGAUUCGCAAUUUUGCAGACGAAAGGAAUACAGCUGCUGUGAAUGCGCAACAUGAAAACAUUCGCGAGGUACGACAUUUAUUCGCCAAGAUGGAAGCUGCCGAGUCAGCUCUGAUGAUGCAAGGUAACGAGGUGGGCAUGCCUUGA